CCGUCCACGUUGCAGACGAGCCAGCCAGUGAAGUCGGGCUUGCAGAUGUACUCCGGGGGCGUGCAGAUCAGGUCAUCCCAGGGAAGCUCGCCGUAUGGCAUGGCCAGGGCUGUCGCGGCAAGACCUAAGAGCGUGAUGAACUUCAUUUUGGCGUUGGAAAGGUAAAUAGUGAAUGUACUGGGAAGGUGGAUGUUGGACUGGAUGUGAAUUUGGAAAGAGAGGAGAUGGGGCAUACUAUGUUCCUCUCUUAUACAUCGUCGACGCCGUGGGAACAGACUCUCUGCACAAUGCGUCGUAAAACAUCUGCCAAAGACUAUUCGGAAAUUGUCAUGUUUAGGGUUCGGUGUUGUGGAGAACGUCGUAAUCCAGAGCCAGGGCGUGAUGGAAUGAAUGAGACCUCUUCAUGACGAUCAACUUAAUAACUCUCUCAAUGGGCAUCGUCCAAACUGCGAGUUUCCCUUGGCCGUUUCUGCGGCACUCCAGGUUCGGAUCAGGACUAGGCGUAGCCAGAAGCCCCUAUCCCAUAGUGAGCAGGAACCUUGAGGUCUACGAUCAGCCCGAAUUUAGACAAAACGGAACGUUCUAUGACGACGUCGGUGUCGGUGGCAGCGUUACGUUGUCAAGCUUUCAACGCCCAGGACACUUAUGCGCUGCGGCUCUGGUGUUCAGACCCGGUGUUGGAAACGCCGUUAGAUUCCCGCCAUGUGGACACGGGCCGUUUACGUCGUAAGCAUGCCCACAAGAGGUCAUAGCCUUCUAUCAGAUCCCGCAAAGUUUACGCUUGCUGCUUUUAUGCGGUAGCGUCUAGUCAAUGGGCCAUCAAACGAGACGUCACAGAUUAGGUUGCUGCCUAACCAGUGCAAUAGAAUGUUAACUUAUACUCAGCGUGAAAUAUCCGUUGUGGCUAGUAUAGCUCGAGCCUCCCGUUUAAAAUAGCUCAAAGUCUGGUAUAUAUACUUCUUUUAGCUAGCACCUUGAAAAUGAGGGUUGAAACACCGGGUGUUAGAGUCGAGUAGAUAUCCAUAGGGUUGGUCGAUGACGAUUGUCAACAGCUGGCCUACUCAGGUAGGUAGGUAGAUCCACAGUCUUGGAUUUAUAGUGUCAACGUUGAAUUAUAUCAU